GGGCCCAGGUGCUGGGUGCUGGGAGGAGGCUGAGUCACAUUUCCUUGGGAAACUGUUGAAGGUUUCCUCCCACCUUACCCUACUGUACUUAGUUAUUUCCCUUACUUUUUCUUUUUAUAUCAUUUCAUCUGUGAAUAUCUCAGUUUAUAUCUGGAAAAGGAGGGUCUCCUUUAAAAAGAAUGUACCAAUUAUAAUACCAUCAUCACACUUAAAAAUAUUAGCUGUAAUUCCUUGAUAUUAUGGAAUAUUCAGCUGGUGAUCACAUUUUGGGGAGAAUUUUAAGUGGUCAGGAAGAUGGUCUGAUCUGCUCGUUCCCACCAGUGAUGGCCUCAUUCCAGGUUCCAGGAAGGCUGGAGUCCUCUGGAUUCCUUACCAUCACAGCAGAGGGGUAGAAAGACCAUAUGCUCCCCUAUUUGGAGGCUAAUCCUAACGGCUGGUACUGACCAGCCCUGUGUGUGUGCCACCCCUAUAGUAACUGCUCAGCAUAUAUUAGCUCAUUGGAUUCAAAACAACCUGGGAACUAAGCACUGUUGGCAGCAUCCCCAAUAGACUAAGACAGACAGAGAGACAUUGUGCCACCUGCCCGAGAUCAUCCACCCAGCUGAUAGCUGCAGAGGUAGGAGCUGAGCCCUCUGCUCAGACAGUGGGUAAUGGGUAAGGGAAGCCUAGGAUCAGGUGUGGGUUUUGCCCAGCCUCAUUGUCCUUUACAUUAUUUGGUGCUUUUAUUCCUUCUUAGCAUGUGAUUUGGUGAAUAGUAUGUAUUUUAAAACACGCAGUUUUAAGUUCUAAGCUGAGUAUUUUAACCAAAAGCCAAAUGUCCUGGCAAAAUUGCCCAGGAGUACAGACUUGCCAAGGGCAUCCACCUUGCCUUGUUUCCUGGAGCUCUGUGAAGCUUCCCAGAUGAGUGGAGAACUGAGGUCAAAGGUCCUGGGGUUACUGGGGGCAUGGAACAGAUGGGGACCCUGAGAUUUGGGGAAAGCCAGGACUUGCUCAAGGUCACAACUAAUGAUGACUGGCCCUGCAAUUUCUCUGCCCAGGACUGGGCCUCUUGAGCUUUGGGCAGUCUAGGUGCCAGUCCCAGUUGUGGUCCUGGAGAUAGAGCAUGGGUGUGGGUGCAGAGGCAAUGCCAGGCAGCAGGGAAUCUCUGGCUUCAGGUGCAGAAUAUCCCCAACCUCAAUAAACACCUAGUCGUGGUCACUGGGUGGGAACAAAGGUCCUCAGAACUGGCCCUGUCACAGACUGACACUGUUGACUCUCCUUGGACACCGGACCUAGCAUGGCCUUCAGAGGACACAACUUUCCCCUCUCCUCUCUGUUGACAUUCUCUGAGCUCCUCCUGGGCACCAGCUGCCACACUGGGAACUGGGGACACAGCAGCUACCCUACAACCCAGCCUGCUAUCAUGGAGAGUGAGGUCUAGUCGGGAGACAGGAGUUAGCUGGAUCUCUUCGAGGUUGUGAGUGCUCUAUGGGUGCAGGCCAAGGGUGUUUUCUCUAUGGGCCCAUUAGGUGUUGUGAAGUCACAUGAGCCACCAGUGGCACGGCCAGGCCAGCAUGGUGGACCACUUGCUUCCAGUGGACGAGAACUUCUCGUCGCCAAAGUGCCCAGUUGGUUAUCUGGGAGAUAGGCUGGUAGGUGGGAGGGGGUACCACAUGCUGCCCUCACCCCUCUCAGAAGACGACAGUGACGCCUCUAGCCUCUGCUCCUGUGCCAGCCCUGACUCGCAAGCUCUCUGCUCCUGCUACAGCAGUGGCCUGGGCACUGAAGGCCAGGACAACAUCUUGGACUUCCUGCUAUCGCAGGCUACUCUGGGCAGUGGUGCCAGUGGUGGCAUUGGGGCCAGCAAUGGUCCUGUGGCCUGGGAGACCUGGCGAAGAGCACCAGCACCUGUGAAGGGAGACCAUUUCUGUUUCCCGGAGUUUCCUGUAGGUGACCCCGAUGAUGUCCCAAGGCCCUUCCAGCCCACCCUGGAGGAGAUUGAAGAAUUUCUGGAGGAGAAUAUGGAGCUGGGGGUGAAGGAGGCCCCAGAGAACAACAAGGACUUGGAGGCCUGCGGUCAGCUCUCAGCUGGGCCACACAGGAGCCACCUCCAUCCUGGGUCUGGUGGGAGAGAACGCUGUGCUCCCCAACCAGGUGGUGCCGGUGUGGGUGACACUCAGGGCCCAGGUGGGGGUCCUGCACCUGAUGGCCCUAUCCCCUUGCUGCUGCAGAUUCAGCCUGUGCAGGUGAAGCAGGAAUCAGGCACAGAGCCCUCCUCCCCUGGGCAGACCUUGGAGAGCGUCAAGGUAGCGCAGCUCCUGGUCAACAUCCAGGGGCAGACCUUUGCGCUCCUGCCCCAGGUGGUGCCCUCCUCGAACUUGAACAUGUCCUCCAAGUUCGUGCGCAUCGCCCCUGUGCCCAUUGCUGCCAAGCCCAUUGGAUCCGGAUCCCUGGGGCCUGGUCCCACUGGCCUCCUCAUGGGCCAGAAGUUUCCCAAGAACCCAGCAGCAGAACUCAUCAAAAUGCACAAAUGUACUUUCCCUGGCUGCAGCAAGAUGUACACCAAAAGCAGCCACCUCAAGGCCCACUUGCGACGGCACACAGGCGAGAAGCCCUUUGCCUGCACCUGGCCGGGCUGUGGCUGGAGGUUCUCCCGCUCAGAUGAACUGUCUCGCCACCGGCGUUCACAUUCAGGCGUGAAACCCUACCAGUGCCCCGUGUGUGAGAAGAAGUUUGCGCGGAGUGACCACCUGUCCAAGCACAUCAAGGUGCACCGCUUCCCUCGGAGCAGCCGCUCAGUACGCGCCGCCAACUGACCCCCGCCCCCAUCCCCACCCACCCACACAACCAUUACCACUGCCGUCCACCGCUCCCCAUCACUGGGAUUGCCCAGAUAUUUUGUAGCAAUAAUUUAUUUGCCUUCUUCAGAGGGACAUGACCAUGUUACCAACCCAGGAGCUAGGGUUGGUAUGGGAAGAGAGGGUUGGCCGGGGAGGCAGGAACCCGGAGUCCCCCACCUGCUGCCUUUCCUGGGGAGACCCAGCCCCUGACCUGGAGGCCGGCCUUUGUGCCUUUGUGCCUUCGUGCCUUCCUGCGCUGCUGCACAGGCCUCAGCUGCAGUGUUUGGGGGCCUGGCCCUUCUCCCACUGGGCUCUCUGCCUGGGCCAGGGCCAACACUUUAUUGCCCAGGAAGAUGAAAUGCUCAGUUUUGAAAUGUCAGUUCCCACAGGGAGCCACACUGGGAAAAAGGAAGUAGGCCAAAAGUCCUGGGUUGCACUGUGGCGUGCAGGUGGCUUUAUCCAAGAUCCUUCGCUCAGCCUGACCACCACAAAGUAUGGGUGAGGCUGUUAGGGGUGAAGGACCUGGCCUCCUGGUGGCUGUGGGAUUGGAGUGAUAAGGCCCCUUUUUGGGGGUGGGCUGACAGUGCAUGUGCUUCAGUUAAAUGUGCAGGGCAGGCAGACAGAUGCAGGCUAGCCCCAGAGCAUCUGUACCCAGUGUGGCUCGUUCCCUCAUCCUGUUUCUGGACAGCAGCCUCUAGGGUCACCUUUCAGAAGGAGAGGGGAACAGGCUCCAUAGCAUGUAGAAGAAGCAGAUAGAGCCCCCAAUCCUGAAUUAGAAAUGCAUUCCUUAUUUUGUCUAGAAAUUAAUAUCAAAUGAACUAGCUUGUUUUGACAGGUUUAUUUCACAUCCUAUGAAUGUAUGUAAAUAAACUGUAUAUAGGUACAUCUACAUAAAAUAUGUUUUAAUAACAUCAGCAUUUGUGUAAAUUUGGAAUUUUAAAAAUCUAUAAAGCUAGUGUAUAUAUGUUACAAUUAUGUAUAUUUUCUUUGGUCCUUCAUAAAAAUAUAUUUACUUUGCCAAUAAAAAGAAAAAGGAACUCAGUAACAA